GGCAAGCGAGGAAGGCAGUGCACUGCAGCCAAGACCACUAGAUCCGCUCGGCUUACCCGACUUACGGACUUAAGCCGGCAGGCAGUCCGAAAGGCUCAACCCGCUAAGCCCGGCCGACCCACCUACCGCCGGCGGCCACUCUACCUACCGCCUCCGCCGGCUGCUUCCUCCGUCAGCGGAGCGCCCUGGAGCGCCCUGGGCCGCCGCCCGCCGCCCGCGGCCAUGCAAAUCCGCGGCGAUAAUCCGACCGUCGCGGACGCGCCGGCCGGCCGGUGAUCGAUAGGCGGAGGACCGCGACCGCGAGGUGCCGCGCACCCUGGGUGGACCCCCCGCGACGACCGUUGACCCCGAAGCGGCGCGACGCCCAGUGCCCCGGAGCCCGAGCCGACCCGACGGCGACGGAUGCGAGCGCCGCGACGUCGAGCCGCGCGACGAGCACCGACCGGUGGCAGUGGGACGGCCAGGUGUCCGGGACCGUCGGCACGACGUUAACUUUCCACAGCAUGGACCGGGGCGGCGGCGGGGGCGGCCCCGAGCUCGUCGGCGGAGGCGGCGGGAACUCGGAUCUCUGCCUCCAGGACCUCGUCACCGGGUCCGCCUCCGGACUCUCCGUCCAGCACCACCAGCACGCCGCCUCCAUGGCCGGCCUCCACGGCGACCACCUGCAGGGCUCCAUGCACCACCACGAGCUGCACUCCGGCGGCCAUCACGACGCGCCCAUGCACCACGCCGCCUCGCACCAGCUGCUCUACGAGCCGCUCGAGAAGCUUAAACGUGUUUGGGCACAGAGCGACAUCCGAGACGGCAGCAACGGAGGCCUUGGGGGCCUGGACACUUCGGGACAUGGGGCCCACACCCCCGGGAGCACCCCCAGCACCCCGGGGACCACCCCCUCGACGCCCUCCAGCGGCUUCCCCACCUCUCAGCCCAGGAAUCGGACGAACGCCUCGCACAGGCAGGACAUACAGAAAGGUGUUCGAACGUCCGCAGACGUAAAACACGACCUGGGAGGAGGCGGUGGAGUGGUAUCAUCGGGCGGAGGAGUGGUCGGAGUCAACGACGCCGACGAUAAGGACGGGAAGAAGAAUAAACGUCAGAGGCGGCAGAGGACGCACUUCACGUCGCAGCAGCUCCAUGAGCUGGAAGCUACGUUCGCGAGGAAUCGAUACCCCGACAUGUCGACCAGGGAAGAAAUAGCGCUCUGGACGAACCUCACCGAGCCCCGAGUCAGGGUCUGGUUCAAGAACAGGAGGGCCAAGUGGCGAAAGCGGGAGCGCAACGCCGCGGCGGCCACGGACUUCAAGUCCGGGUUUGGGGCGGCGGGCCUGAACAGCUUCAUCGGGCAGCCCUUCCCGGACGCGGACGCGCUGUACAGUUCGUACAGCUCGUACAACAACUGGGCGAAAGUACCGUCGCCACUGAGCAGCAAGAGCUUCCCCUGGGCGGUGAACCCGCUGGGCUCGGUGGUGCCCACGGCGUCGCACCACCACCACCACGCCCAGGUGAGCCCGGUCAACUGCUUCAACGCGGCCGCCACCUCGGUGGCGGGGAACCACGUUGGGGGGAUGUCUGUGUCGGUGGGCCAGGCCGCGACCUCGAUGCUGCCAGGCAUGGGGUCCGGGCUCGGCGUGGCGGGGUCGCCGGUAGCGGCGUCGGGGGCCGCCUGCCCCUACGCCGCCCCCGCUGGGCCUCAUCCCUACGGGACCCCGAUCUAUACGCCGCACCACCGGACCGCGGCGACCUCCGAAACCUGCACGGUCAUGUCGGACAGCAUCGCCGCGCUGCGAUUGAAAGCCAAGCAGCACAGCAGCGGCUUCAGCACCUCGAGCAGCGGCUUCAGCACCUCCAGCAGCUACAGCGCGGCCGGCGGGACCGGCACCACCGGAGGCGGCAGCAUCAGUCCCGGAAGCUCGCGGGCCUCCUCGGGGGGCGGCCUGAGCGCCUGCCAGUACGCCUUGACCACCGGGGGCGCCAACCCCCACUCCCCGGGACCCGAGCACCCCAACGCCACCGCGCGGGCCCAGGUGUGAGGCAAGGCGGGGGCUGCGCACAGCCCCCAUCAGGUCGCCGUCUCCGCGGGGAACUCUCUCGGCGGACCAGGGACCAGCCAACCCGAGGGCCACGGCCACCAGAACGAAUGACCCAGGCCCAGGUCCGCCGCCUCGCCGACCUUGUCCUCGACUCCGUCAUCCGUGGCGUCGC